ACAGUCCAAUCUCCGCAUGAACUGCUCACUUUGAUGGCCGUUGGAUAAUGAGUCCCAAAUCCCCUCCUAUUUUUUGUCCAUUUCAUGCCACACUGCGUCGACGCUCUCGGUCUCGCACACCAAGAAGAAGGACAGGAGGACGAUGAAGAAGACGAGUACUCAUUGAUCAGAAGAACCGCCAAAAUUGAUUCUAGCCUUGAUGCAUUACAGAUUGCCCACAGCACAGAGAAAGCAGAGCGCCAUGAAGCAGCUUCACAAGCAAUCAAGCAUUCGAAGGGACGAGGAGCUCCCGACCUCCCAGAAAUCCCCAUAUUCUCCCAAGGCCUUGAAACCCAGAUCCCUUCCCAGAUCAAUCAACUACCUCUUCAGAGAACAGCGCCUCUUAUUCAUUCUCGUCGGGGUUCUCAUUGGCGCCACCUUCUUCAUCCUCCAGCCUACUCUCUCUCGCCUCCGAACGGCCGACCCUUCUCCCACCAAUCACGCCACCAUCCCUAGAUCCUACGAGGAACGUCACCUUGACUCCACCGUAUAUCAGAGGCGAUCUUUCUCGGCCGCUGCCAAGGUAGUUGGACGCGUACCGGUGGCGAUCGGGAGCCGAAGGCUGCGGAUUGUUGUCACUGGUGGUGCUGGAUUUGUUGGGAGCCAUCUCGUGGAUAAGCUUAUCGAUCGUGGUGACGAGGUUAUUGUCAUUGACAAUUUCUUCACUGGGAGGAAGGACAAUUUGGUUCACCAAUUUUCUAAUCCAAGAUUUGAGCUCAUCCGCCAUGAUGUGGUGGAGCCAAUUCUCUUGGAGGUGGAUCAGAUCUAUCACUUGGCUUUCCCAGCUUCUCCGGUCCAUUACAAGUACAACCCCGUCAAGACAAUCAAGACAAAUGUGAUGGGUACUCUUAAUAUGUUGGGUCUUUCACGACGUAUCUUCUCAUGCCAAUUGAUGAACAACUAUGACGAUGAGAUACAUAUGAAGUCUUCAAAGAAGCUUCCAUAUACUCAAAUGCAGAGGAAUCUCUACGAGUCGAUUUAUCAUUCUUUCUCAAUGAGGGUCGACCACGUGUAUUUUGUAUCACUUUUGGUUCCAAAAGAUGAUAUUUGGGUCAAUAAAAUAAAACAAGAAGAAGAACCUGAUCUUGUGGAUGAAAGUGAAGAAAAUAAUAUUGAAGUUGAUGUCACAGAAGAAUUUUUUACCGAUAUGACUGGUGUGCUUGAAGAUUUAUUCUUCACACAUCCAGGCUCGUUAGAAUUGUUACGCGCAUUCCCGCAAGUGUUACUGAUGGAUGCGACGUACAAAACUAACAGGUUCAGGAUGUUUCUAUUUGAGAUUGCACUGAAUUGUUUACGGUCAAUGAUAAAUGAAUGCACUACUCCAAGAGUUAUUAUCACCAAUGGAGAUUUGGCGUUGAUGAGGUCGUGUGCCUAA